AUGGCCCUUUCCAUAAGUCUCUCCAAUGACGAUGGAAGGCCAUAUACCCCUGGUUCGAUGGUUCUAGGAGUAGUCAGGCUGGACACAUUUGAAGACCAAACAAUCGGCUCCCUGACCAUCACCUUUAGCGGCCAGACCAAGGUUCUGUUGAACCAAAACUACGGCGACUUGACCGUGUCAAGAACAGACUACUACUCCUGUGGCUAUCUCUUCAGCCGGCACCUCAGCCUGUACCAGGGUAAAUAUACCCACCACAAGGGGACAUAUGCAUGGCCGUUUGCAUUUCGGAUUCCACUGUUUGCGGCGCCCAGAGCAAUUGCCCCGGGAUCCAAGGAGUUAUUUGAGCGAAGGCCCCCAUGGAAGGGUGAUCGGGGACCGGAGCCUCAUCCUCUCCCACCUAGCAUGUUUUACAGGGGAAGAUUCACCAGCUCCGUCGAAUACGUGCUUCAGGCGAUUCUCGCACAACCUUCAGCCAGCCCGAUGGCGCUGAACAAGAACCUAAUCGCCUUGAAGACGAUUCCCGUUCACACCCUUGCGAUCUCGCCAACCCUGAGCUCCGAGGAUGAUUGGCCCUAUAUAAAUCACCGCCACGUCGUGAAGUGCCCGCUUGCUAGCGCUUCACAGACAGUGACAAGUCGAAUUUUCUCUAAAUUCUACCGUGGCAAAGGCAACGUGCCUGAGGUCGAACUUUGGCUCUGUGUCUUACUGCCCAAGAAAAUCGAGAUAAAAGCACAAGCGGCGUUGUCGAUUCUUGUCUCUGCGACGGCCCAGCGCUGCAUUCCGGAGACCCCAAGACAAGAUCGCGGAGGGAAUAUACUGAAUUCCCAUGCGAAGCUGACAAUCACGUCCUUCAAGCUGUCUCUGGUCCAACGCACCCAAGUCCGAGCGGGCUGCCACAGUCCCUCAUCGGAGCGACAAAUCUUCACCCGAAAGGGAUCCUGCUCGGUGCCUGUCUCCCAAUCACCUUCGACAACAAGCAGUACCGAACCCAGCAAUCCAGAGGCAAGGACAACAGAAGCAACCUUCGUCAAUCUCGGCGACUCAGCUGAUCUCUCGGUGCCCAUUGCAUCUCUCGUGCCCGACUUCUCCACAUAUAACAUCGCACGGUCUCACACGCUAGACCUCGCGUUGAACGUGGAGUAUGAGCGCAAGCGGUUCAAAUUCAUCCUCAGAACUGUACCGAUCCGAAUACUGCCGAGGAGUGGCUCGGAUCUCGAGAGGCGAUUGAGCCAAUCCCUCGCUUUAGAUGAUGAGUAUGGUUGCGAACAGCGCAGUGGACAAGGACGCGUCAACAGUGGAAUUCAGAGCCUAAGGCAGGGUCAAGGGGAAGAAUCCUGGGUGGUCCCGCCGCCAGAGGCGCCCAAUGCUGACAACAUCGCCGACGCCGACACCUGUGGAGUUCCGUCCGAUGCGAUCUUCGCGGAGCCGCUGCCAGUGUAUACCGUCCAAGCUUGA